UAUUAUCCCUAUGGGCUACUUUGACUAGAAACAGCAUUCAAAACAACGCAGUGAUAAAUAAGUGGAUGGCAAGUUUUUAAGCUAAAGCAGUGUGUUUCUAGUUAGACCUCUUAUUUCGGCGCGUGUUGAGUUUUAUUAGUGGCAGCUUGGAUCAACAGGAGAUACCUUCCAGCAAUAACACAUUGCAUUCCAGGAUGCCUAAUAUAAAAGUUUUUUCCGGCACUUCUCAUCCAGAUUUAGCCCAAAGAAUAGUUGAUCGUUUGGGCAUAGAUUUGGGGAAGGUAGUGACCAAGAAGUUCAGUAAUUUGGAGACGUGCGUUGAGAUCGGCGAGUCUGUUCGAGGCGAAGAUGUAUACAUUGUGCAGUCUGGCUCUGGAGAAAUUAACGACAACUUGAUGGAACUUUUAAUAAUGAUUAACGCAUGUAAAAUCGCAUCAGCUUCAAGAGUGACUGCAGUUAUUCCAUGCUUUCCAUACGCCCGGCAAGAUAAGAAAGAUAAG